AUGGGCGCGGGAGAAAUCCACUCCCUACUUGGGUACUUUUGGGCGCACGGAAUCAACACACAACCUCCCUUCCCAUCCCUUGUCGGGCCCUUCCCACUUUUUCUCUGGGAAUGUGUCCCACAACGCGUCGUACAGGCGCGCAUUCUGCGGUGUCUGCACUUAUUUCCGGUUUUGUUCCUCUAUCCUCUGCUGGCGCCUUUUGGACUGGGUGGGGGAAUGCGUGUUAGAAGCCACAUGAGGCAGCAGGGGCCGGCAUCACCGCGUGGUGGAGGAGCGGCUUCAGUGAGACGCCGCGGCUCUUCGCAGUCUCAGGAGAAACGCCAACCUCCGCCGGCGACGAGCCGUGUUUUCUUCUUCUACGCCUCUCUGGCAGGGUCGUUUGGGGCACUGUCCGCCGUGGCGGGAAAACUCGCCGUGGCGGAACGCAGCAGGAGGGCAAUAAUCGCCGUCGCCGCAGCGUUGCUUGCCUUGGUGAAUGUACGCGACGAGAACGCGCGGUGGGUGGGCGCGGCGCUGCUUGGCAUUCGGGGACUGUUAUUAGCUGCAAAUGUCUUUUUCACGGCGCAGAUGUGGCGCUGGUACCUUAAGGCGCUGUCGUGCGGCCCCACACCGGUCUGCCAAAUAGUGAACACCGGAAUGAACUUCGCGGUGAGUGCCCUGCUUGGCUUCGUCGUCUUCCGCGAAGCGGUAACUGCGACGUGGGCGGUGGGCGCCCUUCUCGUUGCUGUCGGGCUUGCGGUGGUGGUGUCGGACGCAGGCGUCGCUGUGCAGUGA